AUGGCUUCCCCACAGCAGAUCAAGACCACCCUCACCGAUCUCUUGAAGAUCAAGCAUCCAGUGAUGCUAGCUGGUAUGAACGUGGCAGCAGGUCCCAAGCUGGCUGCUGCCGUCACCAAUGCUGGCGGCAUAGGUGUCAUUGGCGGUGUAAGAACAAAUGUUGUCCAGAGCAAAGCGGUGCAGAUCAUUAACAUUGGACAGGUCGGCUAUACUCCAGACAUGCUGAGAGAACAGAUCGCUGAGCUCAAAGGCCAUCUCAAGGACAAGAAUGGUGCUUUUGGUGUCGAUCUACUUCUGCCCCAGGUCGGUGGCAGUGCCAGAAAGACCAAUUACGACUACACCAAGGGCAAACUCAACGAACUCGUUGACAUCAUCAUCGACUCUGGUGCACGGCUUUUUGUUUCUGCUGUCGGCGUCCCGCCAAAGGCUGUGGUCGACAAACUCCACGCCAAUGGCAUCCUUUACAUGAACAUGAUCGGCCACCCGAAGCACGUGCAAAAGUGCCUUGACCUUAACGUCGACAUUAUCUGUGCUCAAGGUGGCGAAGGUGGCGGUCACACCGGCGAUGUUCCCACGACCGUCCUCAUCCCUACAGUUGCUGCAAUGUGUGCCAAGCAAACUUCAUCCUUCACCAAGCAACCCGUGCAAGUCGUCGCAGCCGGCGGUCUCUUCAACGGCCAAUCUCUCGCAGCUUCGCUUGCACUGGGCGCAUCAGGCGUCUGGGUCGGUACGCGAUUCGUUCUCUCGAAAGAGGCCGGUGCUCCCAAAGCACACAAGGAAGCCGUCAGGACUGCUGGCUUCGACGACAAUGUCCGCACCAUCAUCUUCACUGGUCGCCCACUACGUGUCCGAUCAAAUGAGUACAUCAACAACUGGGAGCAGAACAGGCAGGCUGAGAUCAAGGAGCUCACGGCGAAGGGUACAAUCCCUGUAGAGCACGAUUUCGAGACUAUGGGCGACGAUAUGAGCGACGAGAUGAUGGAUAAUGCCAGGCCUUUCCUUAUGGGCAAGGCUUCUGCAGUCGUGACGGAGGAGAAGUCAGCGAAGGAGAUUGUCGACGAGUUCGUCAACCAGGCUGUUGCGAAGAUCAACGAGGCCAAGAGUAUGCUUGUUGGACAGAGCAAGCUGUGA